UUACGUAGAAAUGUGAACUGGGAGUGCCUUUCGGAUUUCGUUUUACAGUUACAACAACGAUCAAUGACAUGUCUGGACAACCCGUUGCGCAUUUGAAGACAGGUGGACCAUAACCACACAGAGAUAAUACAGAGCGGUUGUGAACGGUCAGGACGAAGCCAUGAUUGUGGAUAGUUGUGUGGAUCGUUGGCAGACUGAUACUAAACGCAACCACGAAUGAUUAUCAUUGCUAUGAUGGGACGUUUUACAUUAAAAGGACUGCUGAUUUCUGUACUUCUCACCAACCUAUUAUCACCUGUUCUUUGUGGAGCUUCCCUUGUUACACACAUAGAGCCAUCCGAUACUGUGUAUAUGGCAGUUGGUGAACGACUGGAUGUGGUGUGUUCGUACAAGGGAGAUAACUCGUCAGACAACUUAACUAUACAACGGUGUAAGAACCAGAAUUGUUCUGCCAUCCCGGCGAAACCAGUCAACACUUCAUCCAUCUGGGCAUCAGUCCAACGCCUCAAUAAGGAAGAGAACUUGACCUUCACAUGUUGCUUUCAACAUAACCCCAAAACCAUGUCUAUGUUAUAUGUCCGCGUCGGCUAUCGACCUUCACCUCCGGAUGACAUAUACUGUUUCUCACGGAACCAUCAGAGCAUGAACUGUACUGUAACGCUAGCAGAGAGAGACGUUAGAUCAGGCCUUAGUCACAACGUUACCAUCCACUUCAGUUCCACUAGGUCAACAGAAUGGCGCAAGUGUCCGGAUUACAACCCCCAAUACUACAGCUGCUACUGGAGGCCUCCGUCAGAUAAUGAGACAAAUAUUGACGAUAAUUUUAUCAUAAACAGAUAUUACAGAAUCAGAGCUAAUGUAACGAAUGUACUUGGUAACAACCAUUUGAUACGAAAAAUCAACGACACUUCAAAUAUUGUUGUCAUAUCCGAACUGCGGCAAUUUAAAGCGACAGAUGUUACUUAUAGGAAGGCGAUACUGACCUGGAUGUUGCCUAAAAGUUUGCAGCCAGUCACAUUCAUCAUAAACUUUGCUAUUAACUACACAUCGAAAUGGGAUAAAAAACAGCUGGUGUACAGUAACAGGACUGUAAUGAGAACGGAACUGAAAAAUCUGACACCAUACACUAAAUACGACGUGUCUAUUCGUGCAAGAAGUGAAGAAGUAACCAACUUACGAAACUGGAGUCCAGCUUACAGGAUUUCCUUCCGAACCAAAGCAGAUGCGCCGAGUGCGGCCCCGAAAUCUACAGAGGGGGGUUUCUUUCUUUCGAGGAUUAAUAACAAAACGGGUCUUCAAUGUGCCUUACACAUCUACCUCAAGCCUCUACUGCCGAAGGAUAGAAAUUGUGCCGCAUCCGAUAUGAGAUACAAGGUCUUCCUUAAAGACGAGAAUAAUCCAUCUAUCAUUGGAGCUGCUGAGACUAUAAGGCUUAGCCAUGGGACCUGUUGGAGCAAAGGUCCUUACGAUGUUGUUGUUCAGUCAUGUUAUAAGAAUUUCACAUGUUCAAAGAAACGAACAUUCGUCCAUAUCCCUGACUUUGACCAGAAGGAUGUUACUGUAUUUCCAUCCGCUAGCGAUGUCAUCGCUGAGGGGUUUGGAGGCACGAGCUUUAGAGUAUCCUGGAGCAUUCCCUCUUAUGUUAACGAAAGUCUUGUGAAGCGAGUCACUGUAUUCUGGUGUAGACGAAGCAAGGAACAACACAUCUGUAAGAGAAAUUUGUCAUGGCAGAAAAUCGAGAAGCUUGUGACCUCAGCCGAUAUUAUGGUCAAUCAUUCCAACUAUCGUGAGUGGAUGUUUGCGGUGUCCUUAAUAACACAUAGCGGGGAGAGUAGUGGCAUGGUAUUUGAUGAUUGUCAAUUCCUGUACGAUAAAAGUCUUUCACAAAAGACGGAUAAAGCAGUGAAACCAACCUUUAACCUUGUGACACGAGAGGGUUUGGAAGGUCAGAAGCUGGAUAUCGUGUCCUUGACCUUUAGGUAUUGUGAUACCCAGUUUCUGUCUAGGAAACCUGACUACUAUGAAGUGUUCUACAAAGUAGCACAAAGAAACACAGAGGACUGCAUUUAUGGAUCACAAUUACUUAACGUGUCCGCCACUUUACGUGUCCAGGAAAUUCUCCUUCCUGACCUUGACCCCAUGUCGCAUUAUUCUGUGUGUAUGAGGAUCCGGACGAGCGUUGGUACCAGCGAAGUCAGUGAUGUGGAAUGGAGAAAACCUAUCAUAUUUGACGAUGGCAGUGAUAGCAGUUUUAUACUCAUCGGCGUGUUUACAGCCCUAGUUUGUUUAACAGUUGCUAUUGCAGUCAUAUGGUAUUGUUGGCGGAAGUAUAAGGCUAUUGACACCCAUAUUGAUAUCCCGUCUAUCGACAAAGUUACGGAGGAGAGAACGAAAUUGCGCACUGAAUCCUUCGCAGAUAGCGGAAUUUAUUCUACUGGGGAAAUAACCAUUACACGUGAAGGAGAGAAAGGUCAGAGCAGCAAACAGCCAGCUCGGUUAGAAUAUAUGAGAAGUAAUGACAAUGAGACAAAGCUUGGUGACCAGGAAAGCACAGCUAUGGUCAAGGCAGAUUCUGACCAAACCACUACCUCUGAUCAAGCAGGAAUACCUUGUAGCAUGCUUAAAAAUUUAGACAAGAAACGUGGUUCAGACCUGUCUGAUUACUGUCGCACUGAUAACAAGACGAACGACACGACAAGUAGCUACAGUAGCCUGUGUGUUAGUGGUAAUCAGGAUGACGGGUAUGUGGAUGAUGGAGCGGUUUGGGACAAGAUAGCCGAUGAUAUAGGCAGUACGAGAAUACCAGACAAUGAUAAUAGCGGCCAUAUUAAAGUCAUGGACAGUGAUGAUUUCAGCCUGACACCUUUGCUAAUUGAUAAUGAUUCUGGAGUGAUAAAGACGUACUCUGGUCACAAUUAUCGCCCACAACUAGACAAGGGAAUUACACCAUUGCUACUAGAUAGUGACUACAGUACUUCCGAUAGCAAUGGUUUUCUACAAGAGGUAAACGUGCCGCUGUGGGAAGGUGGAUGUGAUGAUCCUCUAGAAAGGUCGAGUCAAUCUAGCUAUGAUGUAACGAAUAGAUAUUCGCUUAUAUUUUCAAACGGAGAUAAUCAAAAUGAAAGACAUUUGCUGAGAGUUCCUAACAAAUCAUACACCAUGUCUUUGGAGAUAUCGUGUCUAGAUGGUUCUUCGAGAAAUCCAUGCUUAGUUGAUGAGUCUGAGGAUGGACAUAGCUUAGUGUAUAAGUAUGGAGAUGUUGGGACUGAUACAACAUGUUCUAAACCUCCCAAUGAGGCAAUCUCUCCACUAUGUGAGCACUAUUUAGAUAUCCCAGUUACAGAGUCUGACUCACGAAUAUAUAAACCUGUUAUAGAAAAUAGUAACUCAGAUAAAUUUCAGCCGACGACUACAUGUCAACAGCGCUGGGGACAUUCCGGAACAUUUGAUCAACAUCAGGACGACGACGGUGCAUGUUGUGAUCAACGCGAGCAUAAUUCUAGUACAUGUUCUGACGAAUGUAAAAAUUUUAGCACGUGUCAUGACACAGAUAAAGACACUUCCGGUUCAUGCCGUGACCCUCACAAAGGCCAUUCAAUUACACGUCAUGGCCCAGAAAAAGACACUUCCGGGUCAUGCCGUGACCCUCUCAAAGGCCAUUCAAUUACACGUCAUGGCCCAGAAAAAGACACUUCCGGGUCAUGCCGUGACCCUCACAAAGGCCAUUCAAUUACACGUCAUGGCCCAGAAAAAGACACUUCCGGGUUAUGCCAUGAACCUCUCAAAGAUUAUUCUGGUACACGUUAUGGCCCAGACAAAGACAAUUCUGGUUCAUGUCGAGGCUCACACAAAGAUCAUUCCGGUUCCCGUCGUAACUUCAAUGAAGAACGGGAAAGGUGUGUCACUUCCAAUUCCGAUAAACGUUUUGAAUCGAAUAAGAAAAUACAAGGUGAAACUGAAAGUGAAAGUGAAAGGACGAUAAAGAGAGGACAAUACGUGGCUAGAAUAUGUUAAAUGAUAAUGCAUUUUAAUAUAUCAGUUUUUUUCUACUACAGAAAUGGUGCGGAAUGAGUCAGUGAAACAAUGUUAUUAUUGUGGAAAAGUUAUCCACACUUGAUGAGUAACAGAAUGGAUGUGACGUCCCUUUACCAAAAGACGUGAUAUGAAAGCCAUACUUUUUUUAUUGGUAUUUAAGUAUAAUUUGUAAUAAUUUCAUUAUUUUUUCCGUCCGUCCGCAUUUGCUUAAGUUCUUGGCAGGAAAGUUAUAGAGGCCUACAGAUCAGCCAUAGAUGAUGUUACGAUAUUAAUAUUUGCUUCAAUGACAAUUUUGUUGUGGACAAAAGUUUUGUGCAAGCUUCAAAUGCAUAGUUUUGAAAAAUAUCACUUAGCUUAUAAUCAACUCAGUCACUACAGAUUUUUUUUGCUUUUGUUUUUCAAGUUAUGGAAUUUUAUAAUUUUAUAAUCAGAGAUAUACUCCUGUACAUUAACACUGUAUUUGUCACGGAUGUUUCCCAAUUCUUGAUUUAGUCACAUAUGUUAGAUCAAAUAUUCAAAAUCCUGUUCAAAUGAGGGCUACUACGUAUAGGUGGUGCCUGGAAUAAUAAAACAGUAAAAUUCAGAUAAGGAUAAUACCAAGACCUGCCAAUGAUCUAUGUUUGCUAGAAUCUGAUUUACCCAAUAGCACUCCAUUGCUAGUAUGGACUGAUACAGUCUCCUGAGCUGUGCUUUGAUGUAAUAUAUAUAUAGAUCUGGUGUGACAGUAA